CUCGCCACCCCGCCACCCCUGUGCGCAGGCGCGUCUCUCGGGCUGGAGAAGGGCGGGGGUAGAGGGAGGGAGGAGCGCGCGCGUGAGGCCGCCCCCGCCUGCCAACCCGGACUGGCCGGCGCGCGCCGCCCCGGAGCGGGAGGCUUGGUGGGGAGAGGGGGAGCAAAAGUUGUUGCGAGGGCGGGGUCGCGCCCGUAGUCGCCGCCAGGAGGGGGCGAGAAAGGAGCUGAGUGUGUGAGCCGCGAGCGACAGGAGAUUCGAUGGAAAGAGAAUGAAAUAAACAUGGAGUCUUCUAAAUGGGAAAAUAUUUCAUAGAUCACAGUUAAAAGUAAAAAGAAAUUGGAAUGACAUGAGAGAACCGGAGUAUAAAGCCUUACAGGAACUUUCCAUUUUUGUGAUAUGUAUAAACUUGCCAUAUAGUACAACGAAUGAUUUAUAGUAACACUUCAUUGAUAUUCCUGGAAGAAGUCAGUUGCUGAGCAACUUGCCUAAUAAGAACUUUUUUUCUAAGAACUUUUAUUCUAAAAACUUUUAACAUCUUCUAACCUUAACUGGACACCUUUUCUUUUGGUUUGUUGAUUUUCUGGUGUUUUUUUUUUUUUUUUUUUCAAGUCUGAGAGUUAGAAACUUUGUAUCUCAGCUGAGAGACUGAUCCUGAUAGAUGCCUGACAGUCCUCGUGAAAAGUGGACGUAAAUCCAUGAAUGGUUACUAUUGCACAAAGUUGAAUGGAUUGCCAUGAAUUUCCAGGAAUUCCCUUAGGACCUUUGCCUUGCACUUGUCAGAUCCUUAAAUAUUUAAGUUGUAAAUAUUAUAAUUAUAAAGUAUAAAAAAUAAUGGCAUGGGUGAAAUUCUUAAGAAAACCUGGGAGUAAUCUUGGAAAAGUUUAUCAGCCUGGAAGCAUAUUGUCCCUGGCCCCCACAAAAGGCUUGUUAAAUGAACCCGGACAAAACAGCUGCUUUCUUAAUAGUGCUGUUCAGGUGUUGUGGCAACUUGACAUAUUUCGACGAAGUUUAAGAGGUUUAACCGGACAUGUGUGUCAGGGAGAUGCGUGCAUAUUUUGUGCUUUAAAGGCAAUAUUUUCACAAUUUCAACAUAGUCGAGAAAAAGCGCUCCCAUCAGAUAAUAUGAGACAUGCCCUGGCGGAAAGUUUUAAGGAUGAACAGCGUUUCCAGCUUGGAUUCAUGGAUGAUGCAGCGGAAUGCUUUGAAAAUAUUCUUGAGAGGAUUCAUUUUCACUUAGUGCCAAACAGCGAAACAGAUAUGUGCACUUCAAAAUCCUGUAUUUCUCAUCAGAAAUUUGCUAUGACACUAUAUGAACAGUGUGUGUGUCGCAGUUGUGGAGCGUCAUCAGACCCAUUGCCUUUUACAGAAUUUGUGCGUUAUAUUUCUACCACAGCCCUGUGUAAUGAAGUAGAAAGAAUGAUGGAGAGGCAUGAACGUCUCAAACCAGAAAUGUUUGCAGAAUUGCUGCAGGCAGCAAAUACUACUGAUGACUACAGGAAGUGUCCUAGUAACUGUGGUCAGAAAAUAAAAAUUCGUCGUGUCCUUAUGAAUUGUCCUGAGAUUGUGACAAUUGGUUUAGUCUGGGAUUCAGAACACUCUGACCUAACAGAAGAAGUUAUGCGGAAUCUGGCAACACAACUUUAUCUUCCUGGGCUAUUUUAUAGGGUUACAGAUGAAAAUGCCAAGAAUAGUGAACUUUUCCUUGUGGGAAUGAUUUGCUACACAAGCCGACAUUACUGUGCCUUUGCCUUUCAUACCAAGAGUUGCAAAUGGGUGCUGUUUGAUGAUGCUAAUGUGAAAGAGAUUGGAACAAAAUGGAAAGAUGUGGUCUCCAGGUGCAUUCGAUGUCAUUUUCAGCCAUUGUUGCUAUUUUAUGCUAACCCAGAUGGCACAGCUGUAUCUCCAGAAGAUGCUCCAAAGCAGAUUAUUCACUGGUCUCAAUGCAAAGCAGCAGGAGGAAAUGGGGAAGACAUGGGAUUUGAAAAACAUUCUUCUCCUAAGUCGGACCAUAUAAAAGAAAAUGGAAUUGGAGACCCCAAUAAUCAAAGGAGUAAUAAAAAAAUUCAGCCAGACAAUUCAACAUUCAGUAGAAGCCAUAUGCAAGCUAGUGCUGGUAGAGGUCCAGCUAAGUUAGGGUACGGUGAUCAAAAGGACAGGUUGAAGGACAUAUCCAGAGAAUGUGCUCAGAAAGCUGCUGAUAUGAAAACUUUCUCAUCCUUACGAAAAGAUGCAGACAGAGGACCAAGGAGAGAGUCUGGGAGACAAAGAGAUUUAAUUGGGGAAGAUCGUUCCACUAUUAAGUCAGGAUCUCCUCCAGUUGGAAAUGGACUUAGACACUGUGCUGAUCAGCGCAUAUAUAGCAGCCAGGGAAGAGGCUCCUAUAAGCAUGACAGCACGCCUCACCAAGCAAAGCUUUCUGUACAGGUGCUUGGAUCAAACAAAACAGAAGCUUUUCCUGCUGGGGAGAAACCAAUGAUCAAGACCCGGGCUGAUGGUGUCACUGGCUAUGAUACAGAUACCAGUCAAGAUUCUAGGGACAAAGGAAGUAUCAGCAGCAGCCGAAGCAAAAGUAAAGGUUGGAAACCUAUGAGAGAGACACUAAAUGUAGACAGCAUUUUCAGUGAGACUGAGAAAAAACAGCAUAGCCCAAAGCACAAGACAAAUCCAAACAGUAAAUCUCGGCAUGAAAAGGAGCGAAGCUUGAACCAUUGGCCAAAAGAGAACCAAAUCCAGAAAGUUUUAAUGACUAUUUAUGAAGAUGAAACAAAACAGGAUACAGGAAGUCGAAGUUCGCUGGAUUCAGAGGGAAAAGGGAAUGCUGAAAAAAGCAAAGGAUUUCCAGAGAGAAAAAUCCAUGGUGAUAAUUGGCAAUUUCAGAGGACAGAAUCUGGAUAUGAAAGCAGUGAUCAUAUCAGCAAUGGAUCUGCAAAUCCAGACUCGCCUGUUAUUGACGGAAUCAAUUCGGCAGAUGUCAGGAAUGUUAAAGACGGUGCUUCCUGCAGUGAGCAAGGCUUGUCAACCAGAAAAGCUGAUAGUGUGUUACAUCCGGUAUCCCAGCAGAACAGAAACUUCUAUGACUUGAGGAAAGACCAGAUCAAUUCAGAAGUUAACUACAGACCUCAUGUUAAUUUUCUGACAGAUUUACACUUGCAGGUGCCCAGCCCCCCAGUGAAGAGAGCUGAAACGCCUGAGACCAAUAGGAAACCUUUCCAGUCAUCAGCUUUACAGCCAGUUCUUAAAGACAUUGUUAAGUCAGAAAGUAGGAGCAAGGCAAGUGAACAGAAUUCAUCAGAGUGGCUUAAUCCAGACAAGUUUGAGAAGACAAAUGUGCCAGUAUGUUGUGCUGAUGGCGCAUCUCACCCGUAUACAGAAAACGUCUGUGGAAGGAAGCUGAUCAACAACGACUUUCACUCCUCUUCCCAGCCACACUCUCAUCAUGCAAGAACAUUUGGUCCCAAGGUGGGGUUGUCACCUUGUGUGCUACAGAACCUGUCAGAAAGGCCGGUGGUGCUUCCCCCACCCGGUGAGCAUGCCGGGCACCCAUUCCAAAGGGCGGAUGCUCUUUGGGUGCCUGACACAGUCUACCAGAAUCUUCCUCCUCCUUUACCACCAAAGAAAUAUGCUCUUAGUACUUUGGCAGGAUUGGAACAUAACUCAGCAGCUGAUGUUAAAUCGAUAGAAGCAUUGCAAAAUAAUCCGUUAAGGCAAACAGGUGCACCUUUAAAAUCUGAAUUAGAAGCAGGCAUAUUUACAAAUGAACACAGGUUUAAAGAGCCAUUUCAAGGAAAUGAACUGUUUGUUCAUAAGACAGAUUCUCCACCUCGCUUAUCAGGUAAUGAAUUUUGGACUGUGUCUGAAAACUUUUUAAAGAAAGGAUCUCGUCAUACAGAACCAAGUGCAGGUUAUGGGGACGGAAAUGAUAGUGUAUCCCUAACAACUUAUUUUUCAGUAGAUAGUUGUAUGACUGACACAUACAGGAUGAAGUAUCAUCAGAGGCCCAAGCUGUAUUUUACAGAUAGUGGAAGCUUUCCCAAAGAAAAGCAUCCUCCCUCGGCUGGAGUAGAACUCAAUGCUACAUACCAUGCUACUGUUGAGCCCAGGCAUCCCACAUCUGAGCAAAGGUACAAGGCAAAUGUUGAAGGCAUACACUGCAGUAGAUAGAUUCUUUAAAAAAAUAAAUCUGGAUCUGAUUUCUGCAUUUCACGUAGCAUAUAAAUGGGCACAAACACUUGAGUCUGUGUGGUAACAAGAUACCUAUUUGACUGGACUCUGCUUAGGAGUUAGGACUGUUUAAAUGAAUAUGCAAGUAGAGAUGAACAGAGGAGAAGAGGUGCUAAACUUGUGGUUCUUUGAUUUGUUACUCUAGUUGCCUUAAUGCUUACCUCUCUUACCUUGUCUUCUACAGUUUAUAUUAAAAUGGUCCCUGUGGGUGUAUAAAUCUUACAGCAGUGGGAUCAACUAGAUGUUAAUAAUUUUUUGAUAAGAUUUACUUAGUUGCAGUUUAUAAAGUGUUCCUUUAGAUUGUGGUCACUAAAUAUUUAAACUAACAAAAGGGAUAAACAUAUUCCCAUAUGUAAUGCCACAAAUGUAGUUAUAAUAGAGCAGCAUUUGUCUUGAACAGGUAGAAGAAAGUGACAUUGAUUUUUUGAUCUGACUUAUCUGAGUGUGCUUUCACAAACCUUCAAGUGUCUUUAAUACAAGUUUACCCAGAGAAUUUUUAACUUGUUAUUUGAAAAGCCUUAAUAAUAAUUCUUUGAAAACAACUCUGGUUUGCAAGUGUUAAAUAAGGUUUUUAAAGGGAAUUCAAAUAAAAUGCAAUAAUUGACUGUCCUAUUAAUGUACCUGCUCUAUGUUAGUGUACAUUUUAAAACACAUUUAUAGAAGUUGUUCAUCUUAUAAGCUACUUAACUUAUUACAAUUAAAUUUAACCACAGAAGUUGCAAAUUGAUAUAGCAGAAUAGGAUGCCAAUUUUAAAAUGCAGUUAUCAUGCAACUAGAGAGAUUAACUUUGUAAGGUUUUAGUUAUAUUUACUACUUACAUUCAGUUCUUAGUCUACAGUUGCAUGUAGUCAAUGCUGCUACUCAUUGAACUUUCUUUUUUUAGCUUAACACUUUGAGCAAUGUUUAAUGGGGAUCAGAUAUUUUGAUUUUACUGACAUUUUUUCCUAUUCAGAGCAGUCCUACACAUGGAUAUGUUCUGUAUUAGCAGAUCAGGCUGACUUGAGCCUGCAGCCAUUCAGACUGCAGUGGCUGAGGGAGCAUGAAGAGAAGAGGUUCUUUUUCUCUGCACUGCCACUCUGCCCUGCAUUUUGGGCCGCUCUGGCAUUUAACACGUCCCAUGUUAACCUGUUUUAUUUUGGUAACGGAGAGGGGAGAUUUAUUUUACUUUUAUUUGGUUAGUUUAAUCAGUGCAUAGAACUGGUGAGUGCUGAGUGAGGAAAGAAUGGUGAACAGGAUUUUGUCCUCCUGGUUGCCCUGAGUGUUUGAAAUUACCUACUGCGUUGUGUGCUGUCAGAGGCAGCAGCUUUGAGUUGUUUGUCUUCUUGUAACAUUGGUCAAUGCAUAAUUUAGAAUUCAUGUCAGCAAAGCCUGACACAAUCAUAAAAGGCUAUUUUUUUGCCAUUUUUCAUAUUAGAGUGUUAACUUGGAGUGCUGCUGACUUACAUCUAAACUUCAAUGCCUUCUAGUGAUUAAAAUAAUGCAAGAAGUUUAAAUAUACGUAAUAAACACUCUUGCUUGUACUUGCACUAUUAGAAAGGCUUUUUUAUGUUGAUAAACCUUACCUGAAUUUUAGUGUUUCACCCAAAUGGUGGCAGUUGUUUAGCAUGAUUAUCCAAGGUAUACAUGUAAGCAGUAGUUUUGGUUAGUUUUUGUCAAGGUCAGUUAUUUGGGUUUUUUUAACUACAUCUGACUUACAGUAGAACUGGAACAUGACAUAUGCAACAAACUGGUUAUCUCAGAUGAAUCUUCUCUUUUCUACUUUCUUGAUCAAAAUUUGUUGUAGCACUUGGAAAAAAAAAAAAAGAAUUCUAUCAUUUGUAGUGCAAACAAUUACACAUGUUUAGCUAAGGCCAGUGGUAAACAGCAACUUAAAAAAAACGUAUGCUUUUGUAAGAAAAUCAGUUGAAUACAGGAAAAGAAAACCUGAAAAUGUAGGAACUUGAAGGAUUCCCAACUGUAGUAUUUUUGAGAGAUUUCAGAACCUGUAAAUUAAACUUUUCUCGUUCUUCCACAAUGUUACAUAAUAUGCAGUUAACUAAAACCGUCUUCUAAUAGUUGUGUAAAAAAAAAUUAUUGGAAUUUGUAAAUAAUGUAUAAUUUGUAAAAAGUUUUGCAAAAAUCUUGUAUUUGAAAUUACAGUAUUUGUAUGUAUGAAUAGCACAGCAACAACUGUGAAUGUUAGAAAACUUAUUUUUGAACAUGCAUACUUCUGUACAAUAAGCAAUAUGAAUGACUAUUACUGAUACCAAUGAAACUGGCUUCCAGUAAGCACAACUGGUAAACUUCUUUUUAAAGUAGCUGCAGUAAUUUAGCUGUACUUCAGUCUCCUUGCUUUGCCAGACAACUUUGUGACCCAUGUUUACCAGGUAUUUAAUUAUAGUAAACAGACAGCUAAUUGAGGCACCUUUGUUUUUAUAUUUGACUCUACACUCCAUGUAUGUAUGUAAUAUUUGCUAACUAAUAUGUAAUAACUUGUUUUAAACUUACCUAGGGUGCCUAUUUAUUUUUUUAUGUCCCCUUCUGGCUAUAGAUUUGUAUAAGAACCUAGACAAUUUUGU